AUGGACAGUGAAGACAGCCUCUCACAAAAGACUGAGGUUGCAAGCCAUAGGCAUAAUGGCUCCAAAGAUAACAAAAGAAUUGAGGCCAAAGGAACCUGUUUAAAAAUCGAAGGGAAAGAUGGGUAUGUGUUCAAAUCAUACAGAAUUACUCCUCAAGAGAUACUGGAAUCAGAGUUUCAUACCUGUCCCUCUGAGACACUGGCAAAAGACUCUUCUUUGGUGUCUUUAUCAUUUGAGUCCACAGAGGAAGAUGGAUCUUCUGAGGUUGAAAGGCUUUCAACUGAGGAUUCGACAGCAGAAUCUUGUGAAAAGCAUGAUUCUCAAACAUCUCCAAAUAUUUCAAAUAAGAGCCAGAACACUGAAAUAAAUAACUCAGAAACUGAAACAAGUGUAUGCAUCAAAGCAGAACCAAAAGUAACAGGUGAAAAUGCUCAGGAUGAUGAAAAGCUAGCAUUUGAUGGAACAUUUGGGCCCUUUGCCACCAGGGGUUAUGAUGAUGAUUAUGGUAGCUUGUUCAGUGGCUAUUCAAGUACUCUUUAUGAUGUUGCAAUGGAUGCUGUGACACAAAGCCUUCUGUCAUCCAUAAGAAGUCCCCUUAACCCUAGAAAAAAAUCUCCUGCUUGGAACCAUUUUUUCAUAUCACCACGUGAUAGUACCAAAGCAAUCUGUAUGUACUGUAUGAAAGAGUUCAGUCGGGGUAAAAAUGAGAAAGACCUCAGUACUAGCUGUUUAAUGAGGCAUGUGCGAAGAGCUCACCCCAGUGUUCUUCUGCCAGACAGUGACUCAUUAAAUAAUUUGUCCAAUAAUUCAUCUUUAAUACCUCCCAACAUAUCACCAAACAAUGGAGAUUUGCCUGCAAGCAUGAAGUCCUCAACAGAAAACCAUACUCAACUGUCCUCCUUUCUAGUUGAGGCCACAGACAUGGUGCCCAAAGAGUCUUUACAAAAAGUAAAACCAAAAGGAGAAAAGAGUGUCAAGGGUGACUCUAUUGCUGUUCAGUCCCCACAUUCCUUUAACAACCAUAAUGAGGAUGCUACAGACUUUGGGACUGAAUGCCCUGGAUCAGCCCCUAAGAGCUCAAGUUCUCGGCGGCGUUCAGCAGUGUGGAAACACUUUUAUUUAUCCCCUGCUGACAGCUCAAAAGCAGUGUGUAUUCACUGUAUGAAUGAGUUCAGUCGUGGAAAAAACGGGAAAGACCUGGGGACGAGUUGCCUUAUUCGCCACAUGUGGCGAGCCCAUAGAGACAUAGUCAUUGAUGAAAAUGGGCAGGGCUCAAGCAUUCCUCCGCCUUACACGACUCCACCAACACUGCUUUCACGCACACAGGAUUCCACAGAUGUCAAAAAGGAAUCCCUCUGUACCUCACACAACCCAGAUACCAUAUCAGACAAAAUGCCCAAUGAUGACAGUGAGAACAUGACUCUUGAAGAUGAGAAUGAUGCCACAUAUCAGUCCAGAGAAGAGUCCUCAAUUGAUCAAUGUUUACUGAAAGGGGAAAGCAUACCACUGUCGUCCUCUCCAGAGGAACACACUGAUGGGCACAGCAUAAUAUCUGAAGAUCAAAGCUCAGUUUUUCAACAAAAUAAGAAAAUUAUGAAACGGGUGAAAUCAGAAGUAUGGCAUCAUUUCAUUGUCUCCCCCGUUGACCAACUCAAAGCUUUGUGUCGGUAUUGUCCCUGUGUCAUAAGUCGUGGUAAAAGAGGAGACUUUGGCACAAGCUGUUUAAUGCGACAUUUAAUGCGGCGACAUCCUGAUGUUUUAAAAACCCCAAAAAGCACAAGUGAUAAAGUUUCCUCACCCCAAUCACCCCACUCCAAUCAUGCAGCCGAGGACUUGGCAACAGAUACCCUUGCUGCUGAGAACAAACCCCACACCUUGCCCAUUUUCAGCAAAAAGACUUCAAAACUAUGGAAUCACUUUUCUAUUUCAUCUGCAGACCCAACAAAGGUAGUCUGUUUGCACUGUAGCCGCACAAUUAGCAGGGGAAAAAAGACAACAAAUUUAGGCACUAGCUGCUUAUUUAGGCACAUGCAGAGAUUUCAUGGCCAUGUGCUUGAAAAUAAUAGCAAUAUCUCAGGUGAUGGGCCAUCUGCUGAAACUCAAGUUAAGCAGGAGCUCAUGGACAUUUCUACUUAUCAGGAAAACGCAGAAAAGUUCAGUGAAUGCCACCCAGCUGCCAAAAAAAUCACCAAACUCAUUGCAGAAAUGCUUGCACUGGAUCUUCAGCCAUCAACUGUAGUGGAAAAUGUUGGCCUGAAUCGCUUACUGGAAUACCUCCAGCCACAGUAUUCUUUACCUCCCUCAUCCUAUUUUACCAGCACAGCAAUCCCAGAAAUGUAUGAAAGUGUUAAAGAAGUAGUUCUUACCCACCUCAAGGAAGCUGAAGGUGGAAUCAUUCAUUUCACAACAAGUGUUUGGAUAGGCAGCCAAACUCAAGAGUACUUGAUUCUUACAGCCCACUGGGUGUCAUUUGAGUCUCAAGUUCUGCCUCAGGGGCAAGAUUUCCACUGCUCGGCCCUCCUUGGUGUUGCCUCAAUUGACUGUGACUACAAUAUGCUGAACAUACAGAAGCAGCUUGAAUAUCUUUGGGACACUUGGAUGGGUUCCUCAGGCCUUAAAAUUGGAUUUACUGUAACAGAUAAUCAAACAAUUAGAAAUGUUCUGGAGAGCUGUGACCACACCACCAUGCAGUGUUUUGUCCAUAACAUAGAUCUGAUUGUUAAUGAAGCCAUAAAAAGCCAGAGGAUGGUUCAGAACUUGCUUAGUAUUGCUCGAAAAAUCUGUGAAAGAGUGCAUCGUUCUGCUAAAGCAAAAGAGAAGUUGGCGGAGCUACAAAAAGUAUAUCAGUUACCUGAAAACCAACUGGUUCAAGAUGUUCCAUCGAAGUGGAAAACAUCCUACUUUAUGCUUGAGCGAUUAGUAGAGCAAAAGAAAGCAAUUGAUGAGAUGUCAAUCGAGUGCAAUUUCAGGGAACUGAUAAGUUGUGACCAGUGGGAAGUGAUGGGGUCAGUCUGCAACGCUCUUAAGCCUUUUGUGGUAGCCUGCAGGGAGAUGAGCAAUCGCACUGCAACACUAGGUCAGGUCAUUCCACUCAUUCACAUACUCAACCGAAAGAUAGACAUGCUUUUUGAUGAGACCAUGGGUAUUGACAAUAUGCUCAAGUCUUUAAAAGAGGCAUUGGUGACAAGAAUGUCCCCUACACUUCAUGAUCCCAGGUACAUAUGGGCAACCAUGUUGGACCCGAGGUACAAGACCUCCCUCUUUACUGAGGAAGAAGCGGAGCAGUGUAAGCAUGACCUCAUACAAGAGCUUGAGGUGUCUACAUCUAAUUCUGCAGAGACGAAGACACCUUUGUCAAAUGGAUGCAGUGAAAUACCUGCUUCAUCAAACAGCUUGGCCUCAAACAAAGAGAACCUCUGGUCUCUUAUGGAUGACAUUAGACAGAAAAUCAAGCAAGAGGAGAAACCAAAAUCACUGGAGCUUGCUGUUCUUGAGUAUUUGGAGGAGGACAUUCUUGACCAGAGUUGUGAUCCUUUAGAUUAUUGGAACCUAAAGAAGUUACUGUGGCCAGAUCUUGCCAAAGUAGCUGUACGCUAUGUGGGUUGUCCACCCAGCAUUGUACCAGCAGAUACACUUUUUAGCACAUCAACUGUCAACUGUGCCCUGAAUCAGUCCCGACCAUUGCUAGAAAAUUUCGAAGGACUUCUAUUUUUAAAAGUCAACCUUCCUUUGAUAUAUUUUCAGUACUGA